GUGUAAAGCGAAGGCUGCACGGGACGAUUGCGAACUAAACAGCGGUUUUGCAAAGCAGCGACGACGUUAAAGGUGCUUCCGUUUUACUCCUCACAUGAACGAAAUGUCAUAGAUCCGUUUGUCGAUGGUGGUUCCCUGCUGUGACUUUUCCUGUGUUGAGCGAUAACCCAAAUCACAAUGAGGUUGAUCUAUUGUUCCAGCGUUUUGCUGCUGCUCGUGCUCUUUCCCAGAGAAUGUCAAGGUGGCAACAUCUUGGUCCUCCCCAUCGAAGGCAGCCACUGGAUAAACAUGGAUGUUCUUCUUCAAGCUUUGCACUCCAGGGGACACAAUAUAACUAUUGUACGUUCCAGCAAAAGCUGGUACGUCAAGGAUAAAUCCCCUUAUUACAAUAUCCUUACAGUUCAGGUGGAGAGGAGCAUGGAUCAGAAGUUCAUCGGAGAAGCUAUAAACCACGCCCUGGAAUUUGAAAGGGGGGCCCUUCCGCUGGCGAAUUUCCUCCACCUCACUGUAGGAAUGUUCGGCACGUUUGUUGAUGCUCACGCUAUUGUGGGUGAAUUACUAUCAGCAAUGCUAGAUGACAAAGAGUUUAUGAGAACCGUAAAAGAGGGCAACUUUGACAUGGUGCUCACUGACCCCUGCUGGGGUCACGGUAUCAUUUUGGCCAAAUAUUUGAACCUUCCUUUGGUUUAUAAUAUCCGGUGGUUGAUAGCUGGAGAGGCUCAUCUCGCGAUCGCUCCUUCUCCCGUUUCAUACAUUCCCAUUACAGGAUCUGGAAACACUGAUAAAAUGAUCUUUUUUCAGAGAGUCAAGAACAUGAUUCUGCAUAUUAUAACUCAAACACAGCAACAACUGGUGAUUAAGUUAAUAUACCAGAAGUUAUGUGACAAAUAUCUUGGGCCAGAUAUUGACUACAACCAUUUAGUGCUUAAUGCAGAUAUUUGGCUGAUGAGAGUAGACUUUGUGUUCGAGUUCCCUCGGCCCACCAUGCCUAACGUUGUCUACAUGGGCGGGUUCCAGUGUAAACCUGCAGAACCUCUUCCUGAACACUUGGAGGAGUUCGUGCAGAGUUCUGGAGAGCACGGGGUCAUCAUCAUGUCUCUGGGGACUUUCGUGAGUGAGCUUCCUGCUGAUAUAUCAAAUGAGAUGGCUGCAGCUUUCGCUAAAUUACCCCAGAAAGUCAUCUGGAGGCACAAAGGGGUCAGACCGGCCACCCUGGGGAACAACACCUUGCUAGUAGACUGGAUGCCACAGAAAGACCUUUUAGGACACCCCAAGAUAAAACUGUUUGUGGCUCACGGAGGGACAAACGGAGUUCAAGAAGCUAUUUAUCACGGAGUCCCAGUAGUUGGUCUGCCUCUGUUUUUUGACCAAUACGACAACCUUCUGCGCCUGCAAGUAAGAGGCGCGGCUAAGCUUUUGACCAUAAAAACUGUGGACAAAGACAACAACUUCCUGAACGCCAUACAGGAAGUGUUGAACGAGCCAUCGUACAGGAGGAACAUGCAGACGCUCUCCAGGCUGCACAGAGAUCAGCCGAUGAAGCCGCUGGAUAACGCCCUGUUCUGGGUGGAGUUUGUGAUGAGACACAAAGGUGCAGCUCACCUGAGAACAGAGUCCUACAAGAUGCCCUGGUACUCCUACCACUCUGUUGAUGUGGUUUUGUUCCUGGCUGCAGCUGGGCUGCUCGUGCUUCUAACUAUUUUCCUUUUAAUCAGGUGUUUAUGCACUGCAAUGUGUAAACAUAAGAUGAAACGUGACUAAUCCAUAAAAGGAUAUACGUUUUCUAUAACAUUUAAUACCUAUUAUUAAUAGAUAAGAUAUUUGAUUUAGUUCCCACUUAUGCAGCAUUUUAACAGUAAUGGCAUUAUUUUGUUAUGCUCAAUCAUAUUUUAGUGAGGCAUACGUACAAACUACAAACUUUAACGAACACUACAAGUAAGAUUCUAUGAAAUAGUGUAAAUAUAUUAAAAGAUGUAUUGGUCGCAGUGAGGAUAUUUCUGUAUUCGUCCUCUUUGGCAUUCGUCGAUAAUGCCAAAUGUAUUCAGCUAUUAUGAGAUCGCAUUGUUAAUCCGAGUUGUCUGAGCUUAGUACAGAUAAAUGCGGCUGUAUAAAAACUGUCAAUGCUAACGUCUGAUUCAUCUCUUCUGAAUGAUUCAUUAUUUCACGUAUGAGUCAUUUUGUUGUACCUCUUUUUUCUUUUAUCCAACGUAUGUCGGUACUGGGAGGCUUUUGCCAUCAGCUUCAGCCUUGUGCUUCAGUUUUUCUUAACAUGCUCCACGCAGAGCCACAGCCUUUGUUUAUGGCCAAUUCUGUGGUUUAUUACUUCUGGAACAUUUAAAAAUGCAUUCGAGAAUACUGGAUUAACAAGUGGUGAGCUGUAAAGGAUAAUACAAACAAUAAAUUUGUUUUGCUUCAAA